UGAGUACGAUCCUGAGCACGGGGCACUGGGAAGAGCAUCAGCUGUUCGUUGACAGUUCGCCAGCCGUAGCAUUGGUAGUGACUGGCGGAAAAAGCAAUAUGGCCGCCUUCUGAUUGCUGGUCGUAUACGUCGUAGGGGAGACAAAGAAACAACGCAGUUCUCGUGAGAAUCGAGGCCGCGUCGCGAGUGAGUGUGAAGUUUUUCCGAACAGGAAAAGCGAACGGAUUAAAUAAUGCUGGAGCUCGAGGUGGUGCCCGAAAGAUCCCUCGGCUGCGAGCAAUGGGAAUUUAUUUUAGGAAUGCAUUUCUCCCAGUCUGUAUCUAUCAUACAGUCGCAAGUGGGCAUUAUUAGAGGAGUUCAAGUCCUGUAUAGUGAUACUAAUCCGCUAGAAGUAGACCUAGUAAUAAAUUUGCCUCACGAUGGUGUGCGGCUCAUCUUCGAUCCCGUUGUGCAGAGGCUCAAGAUUAUUGAAGUAUAUAAUAUGAAAUUAGUCAAACUUAAGUACUGUUGUUUGCCCUUCAACUCUCCAGAAGUAUUGCCAUCCAUUGAACAAAUCGAACAUUCAUUUGGAGCAACUCAUCCUGGCGUUUACGACAGUGAUAAGCAGGUCUUCAUGCUGAACUUCCGAGGUUUAUCCUUCUACUUUCCAAUGGACUCGAAGUUCCAGCCGGGCUAUGCGCAUGGAUUGGGCUCUUUGCAAUUUCCAAAUGGAACGUCUCCUUUAGUCGCUAAGACUGCCAUUUACAUGGGAAAUAUGCCUGCGGGAGGCACAGGAAGUGAAGAGCACUUAAAAACACCACCCCCGCCAUUGCCACUUGUUUGUUAUCACAAUAACUUAUACCUGGAAAAGGCGGAAGUUGUCAGAGACAAGACUCGAACUCGUGGCCUCAGGUUGCACCUUUUCACUGAAGGCAGCUCUGCAACUAGAGUUCUUCUUGAACCCAAGAAGCACUGCCUAACGAAAGAGGUCUGGUUUGGCGACACCUGUGAGGAUGUUUUUAGUGCCCUUGGGGCACCAUCGCGUGUUUUCUUCAAAGCUGAAGAUAAAAUGCGUAUCCACAGUCCACAUGCACAUAAGCGGGACAAAGCCAGAAGAUCUGAUUUCUUCUAUAAUUACUUUACGCUAGGAUUGGAUGUUUUGUUCGAUGCCAAGACCCAAUGCGUCAAAAAAUUUGUAUUACAUACAAAUUAUCCAGGGCAUUAUAAUUUCAACAUGUAUCAUCGCUGUGAAUUCGUUCUCACUUUACCCCCAGAAAACAAUUCGGUGGAUUCUGGAAAACUCAUCGAUGUUGCUCCUUCUCCCGUCACAAUCACUGCCUAUACAAAAUGGGACAGAGUGAGCCAACAUCUAAAAGCAAAGGCUCGACCCGUGGUUCUAAAUCGCUCGUCUUCUACAAACACCACAAAUCCGUUCGGAUGUACCUUUUGUUACGGGAUCCGUGACGCCAUCGUAGAAGUUAUGGCGAAUCAUCAUAUUGCCAGUGUGACUCUCUACACCACGGCGUGACCCUGGUAAGCGGUUUGAAACCCGGUGAAACUACACAGCACCACCUUGGUGCAAAGAAACAAAAAACAAAAAAACAAAAAAAAUCUCUAAACACGGAAACCCUACAAAAAAUAUUUGUGCAGAGUUUAAUUCAGUGUGCUAAGAGACUUCCGGUGGAAGCGAAGAAGCAGGACUUUGUAAGGAUUGACUCAGUUAAAGUCAUGGAAAGGCUGUAAGACUUCGAAAAGAAGGAGAAUCGAGUUUGCAACCAGUCCAUUUGAGCGUAUCCAAAAGAAACCAUUUUUGGAGUACAUAUAAGUAUCAUUGAAGAUAUUUACUUACUCCGUGGGCAAGUUAAAAUACGGACUAGUUUCUGGAAUGAAAAUUGAAAUCAGAAUUGGAAAAUGCAGUUUUCGUAACUGCAAUUAAGUCGUUACCUCCAUGAUAAAAGAACCUCUCUCAGAAUGUACAUCCAUCUAUAAUGACUGCUCUGGCGUUGGUCGUCUAAAAUUAUAAACUUACCACUCUGCUGUUUGAUUUGGUCCCUCGUUUUUGUACGCACAUGAGACCAACAGCAGGCUGUUUUAGUGCUUAAUACUCUGGUUUAGUAUAUUAUUUGGAAUUAAAUUAAUUUACUUGAAUUGCCUUUAAUUCAUAGUAAAUUAUUUGGAAUUUUUAAAUUCUUUUGAAUUGCUUGGAAUGCUUUUAAAUUCUUUCAAAUUCCUUUGAACUCUUUUAACUAUCUUACAAUUUUCUGAAUUCAAUUUAAAUUCCUGGGACAAUUUUAAUGUCUUAAGAAUUUGGAGAAUUAAGAGGAAUUCAAUGAAUUUGGAAAAAUUCAAAGGAAUUCGGAGAAACCAUACAGUAUUCAUUACGAAAACUGUCUGCGUUUUUUUCUUCAUUGCCGCUUAUACGUGUUAACGCGAGGGGCCAACUCAAGGCGCAUAAUAGGUAGCUUUAGACGACCAACGCCAGAGUGGUCGCUUUAGGCGUUUUAAAAAUUGGCAUAUUCGUAUGCGAAUUUUUCGUGAGAUCACAAUGAAAGGAGUGUAAAACAGAAAGUAAAAAAUGUUUAUAGUAAUGGACAAUGAUUAUAAUAUUCAAUGAGUAACAGUUAAACUCAGUAACAGAGUAAAUGAGUAAUACUAAUAAUUGUAAAACUUAAUAAGGUGUUUAUCUAAAGUAUCUUGUUCUUUAAAAUCAGAUUCUUAAAGAUCGUCUAUGAAGUAGACAUUAUUGGCACGUAAUUUUUGACAGCGUAAAAAGUCAGAAAGACGCGAGAAAUGCUGAGCCACCAAUGCUUUUUAAAUCAGCUUAGACCACAUUUUGAUUUUAAAAUUACAUUUGAAGGACAAUAAUAUUCGUUUUUGAAGAGAUGGUUAAAUUUGCGACUAAGAGGAGACAAUGAUAAUGACGUGGGUAGAAUGAAACAUACAUUGUGAUGAAGGUAUGGAUUCGUUUUCAUACUUGAUAAGCGUAAUAGAUGUAAAGCUCUUGUGUUCGCCGAUAGAUCGUCGAGUAAUGCUUAGAAUAUUUAUCGAUCCUGAUUCAUGUGCGCAAUAAUAUUUAACCCGACGAUUGCAUUGGGACAUAGAAAGAAUAGCUAAUUUGAUUAGUUGAAUUCUAUAGACAAGAUUUUCCUAGUUAUGAAAUCUGUAAAGUUUAGGUAUUUUAAUUGCCUAUUUCGAUUGCUGAUCUCUGCCCGACAUUUUUUACAGUUUCAAGGGUAUGUACAUAUCUGGAAUGAAAUUCAGUUGUGAAAAUACGUAGGACCCACGUUGGUUUCUAUAAAUCGACAAGAAUGUAUAUAUUCUAUAUGGUAUCUUCAUUAGUAAAUUAAUCUCGAAAUCAAUUAAUUACUCUGGACAAAAUAAUUGAAAAUUUGUACCUCCUACAUAUAAAGUUAUUAUAAUAUUCUUACUACAGUGCGAAACAGUUUAAGAGAACCUAACUAUCUUUAUCCGAAGCUCACAAGUUUGCAUAAUUACCAUCAUGUUAUAAAAGUUUAAUUUAUGAUUUUAUGAUAUUCAUGGAGUUAAUACAUAUGGAGUUAAUAUAACUACGGAUCAAUUUUAUCUAGCCAUCAGUGCUCGGGAAUUCUGUUACUAUUGCCGCUAGAAUUCAAAUUUUCUAAUAACGGUAGCUGUAUCGAAUUAACUUUUUAAUAAAUUAAUUUUAUUUAGCGAGUUACAUUUCUUCAUCAAUUUUUCUUAAAAUUUCCUCUCUAUAAUAAAAUAUUUUACAAUGCUUAGUAAAUCGACCUGAGGAAAUUCUGAGCAAUUUAGUAUUUUUAAUAAAAAGUUAAACAUUUUUUCAUUCAAAGUCUUAAAGUCAAUAAUUUUGAAAUCGAAUAAAUUUAAGUCUUUAAAGAAGGAAAAUUUAAAACUGAAAUUACAUUUUAUUCCAAACUUUUCAAUUUCAGGCUAAUAAAACUUAAAAAUUUUUAUUCCGCACUUUGAAGAAUCCUGUAAUCUCCACUUUGAAGCUUUAAAUAAUUAAUUCGAGCUUUCAAACUAUUUUCAGUUUAAAUGGAUGGUUUCAAAACCAAUAUUAAAUCCCUGUUUAAAAACCAGAAUAUGGAAAAUUAAAAUUGUCUGUGUUUUUACAUCAACUUUUAAUAUUUUGAUCAAGAAAGUUUAGUUUUUUUUUUCUAAAGAAAGGCACAAAGCACUGCUAGCUAUGAUUGAAUUCAAGUUAACUAUAUGAAAUAAGAAUUCUUUUUAAAUUUUGCGAACUUUUCAUUUUCUAUACAUUUUCCUGUUAAGUAGUUUUCGCUCCAUCAUCUUGAAUAAUUUAUCAUUUCGACUACAACUGCUCAUUCGACCAGAUAUCAAAGAAAUGCAAUGAAAAUGGAGACUUCGAAGUGUGAAACAAUACACUGUAGAGUGUAGAUGUACAAAAUAGAACGACUAUGUACAAUUAAGCAAAUAAUACCUCCAUAGUUACACAUUUAUAUUUUCUAUUAAGGAUUUCGAAUACGUAUGUAAGAGUAUAAGAGAAAUCUUGGAUAAUAAAGCAGGCUAAGAUUUUCGAUUUUAGAAGAAAAGUAGAGAUCUCUGUAAAUUUACAAGAAAUAUUGUACACUGAAAUAAUUAUUCAGUAGAAAAUUCGCUGGUAAAGGCAUACACUCAGUUGAUUUCGCGAAUCGAAACCUAGAGACGAUUGACAAAGAAAUUAUCAAAAAAUUCAUUCGCAAAAAUUUUCAUUGUAGAAUUCUUCUAAUACAUUUCCAAAACUAGUACCGCAAAUAGAUCAUUAGAUUGAGCAUUUACUUAAUUGACGUCAAAAUUUGAGUGGAUUCUCUGAACUUCGUAACUGGUUUUACAUAAUCGUUUCUAUUAUCAAUUCAAUCAUUAUUUUUUAUCUUCAUUUUUAUUUUAUAUCAUUGUGAAACAUGUGUUACUGAAAAUUGUAUUUUUAUACACUCAAAAGCUAUAUAAUUUCGAGUUGGAAUUCUGAGGAGAUCGAAAAUUGAGCGAAAUUCGCCCUUUUCGAUAAUUUUUUUCUUGAAACUAGACAGCAUUAUCCAGAUGUCUGCAAACAAAAAAAUAAAGAGAAUAAAAAAACUUAAUUUUAGGGUCAUGCAAUAUUAUAUAAAGAAAGGAAGUUUUCAAUAGCUCCUUCAGACGGUAAGAGUAAUCUAAUAACAAUUUUGCUCUUGUCAUUAGGGAAUGUUUAUGUAGAAGGGAGGAACUUACAAAAAAGGGAAUAAUUGAGUUUCUCAUUAAUAAGUAUUUUUCCCUACUUGUAACGCAACUCGGCUAUUCCCUAGAUCGAUUACUCUACCAAAAUCGAAGUUCAAUUCACCGUUCACCAAGUCAAUGUUUCAGUAGAACCAGCUUAUGAUAAGAGUGAUUCAAAUAUACAUUUAUUUAUUAUUCAUCCAUAUCUGAAUACUCAUUUUUCGUGCCAAUUUGUUUUUUCAACUUAUAUGUGCUGCGUUUUGGUAUUAGUUGAUACUGAAAUAUUGAUUUUCUGGUGCCAAGCGUACAUGGACAUUGGAGUUUUUACUGUUGCUUCGUCACAACAAUCAAAUUAGAAUAUUUACAGUAGACUUGUUAUAUCACAUCGGUGAUAAAAUAUUAGUUAAAAUUGAAAAUGAGGUAAAGCAUCUAUACAAUUGUUUUGCAAUAAAUCAGCUGAUUUUAAAAACAUUGCAAGUUGGUCUGUUCAACUUAGCAAAAAAUUGAAGAGUGCAAUAAAAAUUAAAUAUUCAGUUUGACGUGAAAAGUGAUAAACAUUUCUUAAUUUACGUACAAAAAAAUAUAUGAUUAAAAAAUAAUUUUAACAUUAUUCGUUGACAUUAAUUUUAAUAACGAGUUCACCGAAUGUGAUAUAAUGAGUUGACAGUUUAUUUGUUACAUUAGUGAAAUAUUAAGCAUCCGGUAUGAAUGAAUGUUUGUUGAAAGCUGCAUUAGCGAAAGGGCCGGAGUGAAACUCGUCUGUUUUCGUACAGUGAUUGUAAAAGUUAAUACGCGAAAUUGUUCGCUGUAAUAACGACGAAUAAUUAUUUAUACAUAUUAAAGUUAUUGGAUCGCAUACACUUUGCAUUGCGUACACCUUUUGUAUGUUUACCUGAAAAUAAAAGAUCUCAAAAAGUCAUAAGUAAAA